GGGACUAAUGAAGUCUCAGGACAUGCAGCUGCUUCAGCAAGAGAGCCAAUAGAGCAGUCGGUAGGUAGAUAUUAAUUUCAAAAGGUGCGUCAUGUCAGCAUCUCAUGUUAUAACUAACCCAUCAGGCUAAAGCUAGAACUGUUAGAAAAGUCACAUUUUCUCAAUGACACAAUCUGCUCGUUGUGUUGGGCACCAAAAUGUGAUAGAAAGGAUCACUGCCACUGCCAGAUAAAUCGUCAUGUUUUUAAAAUGUAGAUCAAGACCUGACAGCGGCAACAUUUUAAAGAAAUAAAAUCAAAAUUUCUUUGGUUUUUGUCAUGAACGAUAUUGUUCAUCGUAGGUAAUGUGUAUAAACAGAAGCAUAUGCUUCUGGUAUAAAGGGUUUCGUUAAUCGUUUGUCUCACAAAGGUCACAUAGAUAUUGAUCGCAACGUUUCCAUGACGUACUGCAUGUCUUCAUCAGGCGAUAGUGUCGAUUAACUGAGUAGAACUAUUUGUACCUCCAUGGAUGUUAGUGCUCGGUGUAUCACGAACCUCGUUCAUGGUUGGUGGGUUCGAUCUAUAGCAUUGAUGGCAUUAUUAGAGGAGGAAACUGUUCCCUCAGCGGUCCGUUGUGGUAACGAUCGGCUUUGAUUUGUUUGCAUGAAGAUUGUCGCGGAAAUUAAAAUCUGAGUUUCUAUCACAAGUUACGACUAAAGAUGGUAUUACUUAACCACUAUGCAGUAUUACAAUCUAACUUUAUUGUUUUCUUUUACAUAUUUGUAUCUAUUUGGCACCGAAUUGUUAAGGGUUAGUAGAAUCACUCCAUCUUUAAAUAAAAGCUUUGAGUAAAAAUCUACUUAUGCAAGUUCUGGUUUAGAACAUUUAUUAAAAUGCAACUACCCUCGGCCAUAGACCGGGGAUGGCAAUAAUAAUAAUUGUACCGCUAACUUGUUGUUGACUGUUGCUGGCGAAUUUAUUUUUGUACUCAAAAAACGAUCGCAAGAAACUGAUAAUUUCACCCCUUGCCCGUCUGAGAAUUAUACAAACAUGCAUUUUUACCUUUUACAGGCGAUCAUGGGUCAACCCACUGAGGAAGUGAGUCAUCCUGUUCAUAGUGGGGAACAGACAGAAAGAUCUCAACAGCCUUUUAUUGGUCAGCCUAACGCUGCAGGGGUUCACAAUGGGCUGAUUGAUCCCCAAGGGAUGCCACCAUUGCAAGUUGUGCCAUCAAGAUACCCUGAUUGCCUGACGGAGCUACUUGUGGAGAAUCUGAACUCGAAUGUCAAUGAAAUGCAGAUGGUUCCCUUAUACCAGCCGCAGUCAGGAGGUAGACAGCCAAUGCAGUACGAUGUACUGGCUGGAGGAGUGCAGUUCAACGAUGGGGCUGAGGCAAGACCAUUGACCAGUCGAAUGCACUGUGGGCGAAGAAGGACGUAUGCAACUGAGUCGGUCGAUGAAAUCAGGUCUGUCGAGGAGACCAGUCAAUUUCCAGAGCGGAACCAAGCACGUGAGCACACGCUUACGUCCAGUUUGCAACGACUGCCGACUUUUAACAGGUCAGUAUACUACGACAAUUAAACACCGAAUGUGUAUUCCAUCCAACUACGUCGAGGGCUAUUUUAAAUGGUCUCUUCCUCCGGCUAAGGGGAGGCAGUGCGUCAUGUUGUUCCUGGAAAUGACUGGAAUCGCACUGCCUGGUUUUAUAACUCUAAUGAGCCUGCAGGAACAGCAGAAUCAAAGUCGUUCAAUUCUCAUUAGUUUUUUUUAACCGAAAAACUAACUUUGUUUAAAGAAACCCGUGAAAUUCUGACUUCGUACAAAGGUCAAGUCACGAGAUUUUCAGUCAGCAUUGCAUAUUUAUUAAGAAUGUUAAGGACAGUUUUCAAUUUGUUUUUUCUUUUUGCCAGAACUCAAUUUGCCCUCAAAUGAAACAACCAACGCUUUAAAACGAAGAAAUGAUCUACCGUAAACUUCCGCUUAUAAAACCCUGGGCUUAUAUAACUUCGUAAGGUGUUUUUGGAGGGCUGAUAAACGAAGAGGCCUAUAACCGAACCUGAAAAAGGUGUUUCAAAACAAGCUUCGUAGUAGUGCUUAUCAAAAUACUUUUUGCAUUUACUCGCUUUUUUAAGCUUCAAAACAUCGUAAAAAAAUCUAAUUAAUUUUAUUACAGCCAGAGGACAGGGGGGGAAAGGCUUUUAACCGGAAGUAUUUGUUUGUUUUCCAAAAAUAAAAGGUCUGUGGAGCAAAAAAAUCAAAAGCUUAUUGGAACAGAUAGGAUUAGGAGAAUUCUGUAUGAAAGCACACUAUGCGGACAUAGGAAUCGUGAACAUGAUCAGGCAACGACUUAAGGAUAUCGAACUACAAAGAUGGCUAAGUGAAAUAAAUAACGACACCAGAAAAGAUGCUAACCAAAGCAACAAAAUGAGAACCUACCGGUUAUUCAAAAGGAUAGAAAAUUACAAAUGUGAAGAUUACCUACAUCAGGUCACCAAUACGCGACACAGAAUAGCUCUAACAAAACUGCAACUUAGCAACCACAAAUUAGACAUAGAGACAGGACGUUAUUCGACACCGAUGUUUGCCCAAUUUGUAAAAUAGAAAUGGAGGACGAAUACCAUUUUCUAAAUAUACCAGGAAAAAAGAUGUUCGUUACUAGAUUAUUUGGGAAAAGAAUAUAGAAUAAAAAUAUAAUAAUAAUAAUAAUAAUAAUAAUAACUCUAUUUCUAUAGCGCUCUUAUCCUAUGUUCAAGGCGCUUUACAUAAUAUUAUAUUAAUAUUAUUAUUAUUAUAUUAUAAUAAUAAUAAUAAUAAUAAUAACUUUAUUUCUAUAGCGCUCUUAUCCUAUGUUCAAGGCGCUUUACAGUCAUGUAAACAACAUUAUUGAUAAAUAUUUACAAAUUUACAACCAUAUCCUGUUAUAUUUACAAUGAGUAAAAAAAUAAGCAGAAUGUCACCUAACAAAAUAUUCAUGUUUCCAAUAAACCCCCCCUAGCGGAAAUGCUAAAAUACAAAAACUAAUAGCAAAACAUAUCAUUCGAAUGCUUUGAAAAAAGGAAAGGGGAAGACGACAAAAAGUAAAUACUCUAGGACUUAAUUAAUUAAUGACUUAUCAGCCAUAUAUUGUUAGGAAUUUUUUGUUGUUUGUAAUUUUAGUUAUCUGGAAUUAGUUGAUAUACUAUUAAUAUCAUAGGUGACGAAUUACUCCUUAAUUUUGGCGCGAAAUUUCAGCGUUAAUUUGUAAUUUCACAUGUGAAAUUACCAAAUUGCCAUGGCAACCUGCCGUACGUCUCCGUUUCAAGAUGGCGAGGAAGUUUUAAAAUGUCAUGAAUGAAGAUGUCGGGGCAUAAAAAGACGGUUUAGAAAACCUGAAUACACGAAAGAGCACAUCAAGAAGGAUUCUUAGAGGUAUGUUGUGGAAAAAUUCUGAAAACGUAAGCCAAAAUUUAGCUCUAAACGUUUGAGAGAGUGGAGUUCACACUGAGUUCACGAUCGAUCGAUACGAUCCAGGAUAAACAAGUCAAAAAUCCUCGAUUGCUAACGUAAUUCGUCACCCAUGAUAUUAAUAGGUAAUCAAAUGGUAUACUCAUGAAAUCAGGGAAUAAUUUCACUUGCGUUUUGUCCAAAUCCUUAUAAUUUCGCGAGUUAAAUUAUUCCCUAAUUUCACUCGUCACCAUUUGAUUACACAUACUUAUUGUAUAAGACUCCAAAUAAAUAAAACAUGUAUGUAUGUAUGUAUGUAUGUGUAUGUAUGUAUGUAGUGUGUAUGUAUAUACAGGAAGACUGGCCUAUAAAUAAGGGGGCUCUCAUAAGUGGGGGGGGGGAGGGGGCGCUUAUUAGCAGAGGUUUACUGUAUGAACCGAAUUGUCUCUUCAGGUCAAGCCCACCAGAGCGUCCGAUAACUCCAGGUCAGAUCUGUGAUGGAAACUAUAUUUGGAAGAUAGAAGGUUUCCGAUCUCUGCUUUCCCAGUCUGCUAGCGAUGGAAUAGUAACAUCACUUGAGAGUCCUUCAAUUUACACUAGCUUGCAUGGAUACAAGUUCUUCAUGCGUAUCUUCCCAAGAGGCAUUGAUGGCAGAGAUGGAAGACACAUUGGCCUUUUUGUUGGCAUAAUGCAGGGAGAGUACGAUACUGUUCUGGACUGGCCCUUCCGUGGACGAAUCUCUCUCACCAUCAAGGAUCAAAGGACUGAUGUUCAUGGUUUCCGCCAAGAUAUCAGUGGCACGUUCAUGGCCAACAGAAAUCAGGCAGCUUUUCAGAAACCCACGGCUGCCAGGCGAUACAAAACCCUGUAUGGUUACGCAGAGUUUGCGCCUAUCACCACAGUUUGUGACCCACAGUAUUCUAAAGAUGGUACUGUGAUGAUUCAGGUUGAGAUCCAUAACAUUCCCUAA